AUCGCUGCGCCUCUCGGCGGCGGCGGGCGUAGAGCUAGGUCGCGGCUGCCAUUUGUUUUUUAAAAAGGGAAUGGUGGCUGCUGUUAUCGUCGGAUGUGAAAUUCUGUAGCGGUGUCCGACUCUCGGGUAUUAACAUUUUGGAACAGAAAGGGAACUUUAGUUUUUCCAGGGAAGCUUCAUAGUAGAAGCAAUUUUUGUUUUAUUUUUUUAAGUUUUUUUUUUUUUAAGUUAUGGCUGAUAUCGACAAGCUUAAUAUAGACAGCAUCAUUCAGCGGCUUUUGGAAGUGAGAGGUUCUAAACCAGGAAAGAAUGUGCAACUGCAAGAAAAUGAAAUUAGGGGUCUUUGUCUAAAGUCUCGUGAGAUCUUUCUUAGCCAACCUAUUUUACUUGAACUUGAAGCACCGCUUAAAAUUUGUGGCGAUAUCCAUGGCCAGUACUAUGAUUUGCUACGAUUAUUUGAAUAUGGAGGUUUCCCACCAGAGAGUAACUAUUUAUUUCUUGGGGACUAUGUGGACAGAGGGAAACAGUCCUUGGAGACUAUUUGUCUGCUGUUGGCCUAUAAGAUUAAAUAUCCAGAAAAUUUUUUCUUGCUGAGAGGGAAUCAUGAAUGUGCCAGCAUCAACAGAAUAUAUGGCUUUUAUGAUGAAUGUAAAAGGCGAUACAACAUUAAGUUAUGGAAGACUUUCACGGACUGUUUCAAUUGCUUACCAAUAGCAGCCAUUGUGGAUGAAAAAAUUUUCUGUUGCCAUGGAGGGCUCUCUCCUGAUCUCCAGUCCAUGGAACAGAUAAGGCGAAUCAUGCGACCCACUGAUGUACCAGACCAGGGUCUUUUGUGUGAUCUGUUGUGGUCAGAUCCAGAUAAAGAUGUUCUUGGAUGGGGAGAAAAUGAUAGAGGGGUGUCCUUCACCUUUGGUGCCGAAGUUGUAGCCAAAUUCCUACAUAAACAUGAUUUGGAUUUGAUAUGUCGGGCUCAUCAGGUUGUUGAAGAUGGCUACGAGUUCUUUGCUAAAAGGCAACUUGUGACUUUAUUUUCUGCACCUAACUACUGUGGUGAAUUUGACAACGCAGGUGCUAUGAUGAGCGUUGAUGAAACCCUUAUGUGUUCUUUUCAGAUUUUAAAACCAGCAGAAAAGAAAAAGCCUAAUGCCAGUCGGCCAGUUACACCACCAAGAAAUAUGAUCACAAAACAAGCCAAGAAAUAACGCAGUUCAGUGCUAUUUGGCAUGGACCUAUUUACAUUCUUCAUUUGGAACAUUUUUAUUUUCUUCCCUGUCGUGUAGUGUACUGUUUUGACUUGCUUGGGCUAGGAAAAAAAAAAAAAAAAUAGUGGUUUCUCGCAUGUGAUCAAAGACCUUCUGCAGCAGCAAGUGAGACUACCACUCCACCUUAACUUUUUGUUCCUCAACUUUAAGAAAGAAAGAAUUUCAAGGCUCAUUGAAAAUGUCAUUUAAUUGAUUUGAUCUAUGUAUCUUCCACUGCAUCCAGUUUCCCUCUGGACUCGAGUACAUUUUACGUUCAGUGCUACCUGGGACUUAUAGACUUCCAAUAAAAAGAAAAAAAA